AUGGAUAUAGCUCACAACGGAAUCAACAAGCCGACGGGCAACCCAUUUAAGGCGUUCAUGGUGACUGCUUUCCCGUGUGCCAGCCCUCGCGUUGGGAAUGCAGGCUUCAAAGCAGUUUGCGAUACACUCGGGCAUUUCCAUCUCCUACGCAUCGUGAAUGCCACGGACCCCGUUCCUAUGGUUCCGUUUGCGCCAUUGAUCUACAUGCAUGUGGGACAAUUGCUAGAGAUUGACACAACCAAGUCACCCCACUUGAAAGGCCCUAAUAAUCCUCACAAUCUGGAGAUUUACCAGCAUGGAGUUGCAGGUGUUCAAGAGAACGGUGAGUUCAAAUUGGAAGAGGAACUUCAUUUCGAUAAUGCGAUCGUAAACAAACAUAGUGAUAAUUUAGUGGACGAAUACAAAAUACCAGAUAACUGGUGGACGACGGAGUUGUUCAAGGGUAUGGUUCAGGAGGAAGAUGGGCGCUGGAAGUUCAUUGACUCUGCCUAUGUCCCAGAUCCUCCAACUGCUUAG